AUGUUAAUACCUAACAUUUUGGAAAGGCCUAAGUUUAGGUAUAGGAAAAUGGCAGAAGUGGUUAGGAAAGACUAUGGUCUCAAGGUAAGUCUUGGGCAGUGUAGAAAUGCCAAGUACUUUGCACUAGAUGAGAUUUUAGGCAAUUUGGGUAUUUGCAGAGGUGAGUUGUUAACAGCUGUUGGUAGGGACGCAAACAACCAAAUGUAUCCUCUAGCAUGGGCUGUUGUGCCAGUUGAAAACAAGGAAACUUGGAUGUGGUUCAUUGAUCUUCUACUUGAGGACAUUGAGAUGGGAGAUGGUAGGGGUCUUACAAUUAUUUCAGACCAACACAAGGGUUUAAUGGAGGUUGUUAAGGAAAGGGCACCAUCAUGUGAGCAUAGGAAUUGUGCCCGACACAUCUAUGCCAACUUUAAGAAGAAGGGGUUCACGGGUGUUGAGUUUAGGAGGUUAUUUUGGAGGGCUGCAAAGGCUAUAACCGAUUCUAAUUUCCGAUCAUACAUGAGGGAAAUUCGUACAAUGUCCACAAAAGCUUAUGAGCACCUGAUAGAAAGAGACCCAAUUACAUGGUGCAGAGCAUUCUUUGAACCUCAGACUUGUUGUGAUGCCGUGGAAAACGGUAUAUCUGAAUCUUUCAAUGCAGAAAUUGUAGAGGCCCGGAAGAAACCAAUAAUAACAAUGCUGGAAGAAAUCAGAUUGUACGUGAUGGAGAGGAUGUACAAUCAAAAGAUUAAGGGGCAUAAGUGGGACAUGGAAAUCUGCUCCUCUAUUAGAAAGAGGAUUGAGAAGAUGAAAGAAGAACAAAGGUACUGGGAUGUUAUUCCAAGUGGCGAGGAAGAAUAUGAAGUGAAAUUAGCCCAUGAGGUUUAUGCUGUUCACCUUGAAAGCAAAACUUGUGGUUGCAGAGCCUGGCAACUUAGUGGUAUCCCUUGUGUGCAUGCCAUUGCUGCUAUAUUAUACCUGAAUGGAAAUGUAGAGGACUAUGUAGCUGUAUGGUUUAAAACAAGCUUGUUUGGAAGUUGCUAUAGGUAUCCAGUCAAACCAAUAAAUGGAGCUAACAUGUGGCAUGAUGUUCUAUUUGAUCCCAUAUUACCACCUCGGCGUAGGAGAAUGCCAGGAAGGCCUAAAGUAAACAGAAUGAAAUGUCCUACAGAAAAUGAAGGAAGGCAUACAAUUAACAAGACAGGGAUGUCCAUCUCAAGAUGUAGUAAUUGUCAUCAAGAAGGACACAACAAGAGGCGAUGUCCAUUUCUCACAGAAACAAGUAAAUCAACUGUUGGUGAAAGGGCUGUUGAAGAAGGGGUUAGUCAAGAUGGGAUUAGUGAAGAUGGGGUCAAUGAAGGGGUUAGUCAAGAUGGGGUUAGUGAAGAUGGGAUUGGUGAAGAAGAGGCUGUUGAAGAAGGUGAUAUUGAAGACCACCAGGAGGAUGAAAUUGAACAUCAAGAGGAUGAGAUUAACCAUCAAGUAGAUGAAAUUGACCAUCAAGAAAAUCAUGUUGAAGGCCAUCAAGAAGAUCAUAUUGAGGAUCAUCAAGAGGGGGUUGUUCAAGAUGAAGCUCACCACAUUGAAGUUGUUCAAGAUGAAGCUAACCAUGAAGUUCAUCACCAUCAGCAUCAACCUGUUUUUUUUCAGCAUUUUGUUGCUAACAAAAAGCGAUUACCUUCUGAGAGGAUCACAAAACUGAAGUUAUGGAAGAAGGUGGUAACAAAAGAUGGAAGUGGGGAAAGUCUUGAAAAUCCAGUCACUUUAAACUAG